GUGAUUGCUGCGCGGGCAAGGUUGCCCUGCCUGUGGAUCCAGUGAGGACACUCCGUAUUAGAGUACACAGCGUGGAACAAAACAACGCGCAAUAAGUGACAAUGAACACGUUGCAUCAGAGACCAGCGUGGACGUUUCGGUUCCGUUUUCCCUGAUGCCAAGCUUCGUCGUUCGACCAAGGACCUCCAUUUCGCUUGUGACGACAUGUCUUACCACUCGUCGCGUUGGUGGGCCUACUGCCUCAUCUUCUCGUUCGCCUGCCAGUUGCUUCUUGCGCUGCCCGGCGCGACGCUGGAGUUUCAGGCUCGCCACCUGGCUCACGCGCCAGAAGGCGAACGCAGCGAAAAGCACGAGCGCAAUGGGACGUGCACAUUUCGCGGAGACCCCUACGCCGUGGACAAGUUCAUCGAGAAGGCCGCCGUGGAAUGCUACAUGUACACCAAUGGACUACGCGAAGAGUACCAGAAAAAAGUGUGCUACAAGGUCGGUUUCCCCAAGAUCUGCUUGAACUGCACAAGUGAUACGCGACCACCAAAUGAAGAGGACUGCCACUUACCCGACAUUAACAACGAGAACAGCCCGCUCUUCUUGGCCUUCCGCACCAAGGCCAUCGGGCGUCUGUGGGCAAACUGCGUCCGCGAGGCCAUCGCCUGCUGUCAAUACAUGCUGGACACGCCGCAGAGAACGGACGGGGUAUAUUGCAAUCGCACGUGGGAUGGUCUCACGUGCUACGAAGAUACUGAGGUUAACAGGAACGUAUCGAAGGUCUGUCCACGAGUUCUCUACAUCUACUCGAAGCCCCACUGCGAAUACUACUCGACAAGGUGGUGCCAUGAAAACGGCUCCUGGUAUCGGCUGAUGAACGUUCAGAGGACCUUCUACACAAGCUGUGCGCCCAAGCCGUGGGUCAGUGGGGAGUACGUCGGCGUAUACCACUACUCCAUCGGUCUCUUCACGCUCUCGGUGCUGUCGCUGAUACCGGCAUUGUUCAUCUUCAACUGGUACAAAUCAAUACAGGUACCUCGCAUCAUGAUCCACAAGCACCUCUGCUUUGCGGUUAUGAUGUGCGGAGUGAUGUAUAUCAUCGACCAUUCGGUCUUCACGCUGGAUGACGUCAAGCCUACCAAGUACACCAAAAACCUGACUCAUUCGAACACGUGGUGGUGCAAGCUGCUGUCGCUGCUCAACCGCUACUUCAUGGUGAGCCAGUACACCUGGAUGCUCUGCGAAGGCUACUACCUACACCGCCUCGUGGCCCAGGCCUUCUCCAAACAGAUGAAUCUCAAAUUUUGCUACAUAUUCGGCUGGGGUCUGCCAGCUGUUCUCGUCAUUAUUUACAGCAUACUUCGUGCCACGCAGUCUGACGACAGGUGCUGGAGGAACGUUAUGGUCUACGACUACGCGUUCACCGGCCCCAUACUGACUUGUCUUGCCGUCAAUAUUUUUUUCAUGAUCCACGUCAUCUACAUCAUUGUAACCAAGCUCCGACAGCGGAACGUCAGCGACACCGAAAACUUUAGAAAGAUCCUGCGCGCCGUGGUGAUACUGAUCCCUGUUUUCGGUGUCCACUUCGUGUUGACCACGUUUGUGAGCCCAGCUUCAUGCAGCGCUUACCUCAAGAAGCUCUACGCCGAAUGGAGCAUCGUCGGCUUGCAAGGAUUCUUCGUUUCCCUAAUAUUCUGCUACCUCAACGGCGAGAUCCAGAGCCUGGUGAAACGCUCGUACAGCCGGUACAAGAACGACCGCAGCAUUAGCAGGAGGCAUCGGCCGAGCGUGCCACAGACCACCACAACCACCACUACCACGACGACUGCAACAACUCCCUUGUGACGUGCCUCAUCGCGCGCACAGACUCUCCUAGUGCGCUUUCUUUUUGAAAAGUUUCGGAAAGGACGCUUCGAAGGCAUAAAGUCUGGCAUCCUC